AUGCGCGAUCGAGAACAUGCCGUGGAUUACUUGGACUUUUGGAUCGAUGUUGCGCAACACGAGACCCUGUGCCGCCAGUAUGCUCAGGAUCUGCUACGACGCGAUCCGCCCGAGGGUCCGUUGGCUGAGGGUGAUAAUGGCAACGCUUCCAACGAUAGUGAAUCGAGAAGGUUUUUCGCGAAGUCAGACCUCCAAAACUCAGCAAUGAAACUUCUUUACACCUAUCUGCUUCGUGGUUCGGAGAGACACAUCGCCCUACCACCAAGUAUCACCGAUGAGGUCAGCAAGGCUAUCGAACAGGAGGGCCGAGAUGAUCCAGGAGUCUUUGCCCAGGCGAAGGAAUAUGUUCUGCAGGCCAUGGAAAGAGAUUCUUACCCCCGAUUUUUACAGCACCAGGCCCUCGGCAACAUUGUUUUGGCCAAUAUAAAAAUACGUAUGACCGUUGGCCUCCUGAGUACGUUGGGUGGCUUCUGGGCCUCAUUCAUGCUCGCAAUACUGGGUUAUUCACGCCCAGUCCGCUGUUGGGUAAGGCCUCCCAUUCCCACCGCAUUCUGA